GCGACGUUGAGGCAGCUCCGCCAGGAAGCUAGGAGCUACAGAAAAGGCUAAAUUAUCGCUGAGCGGAGCAGAAAUCCUCCAUCUGCUGUGCUGUUUUCAGUAAUGUAGACAAAAGGGACUGAGUUGAUCUUUAAAAAAACGACAGCAGGACCCAUGACCCUGACACGAGGAUCGUUCACCUACUCCAAUGGCGAGGAGUAUCACGGCGAAUGGAAAGAAGGUCUGCGUCAUGGACUGGGUCAGCUGACCUUCAGUGAUGGGACGUGUUACACUGGGCAGUUUGAGAACGGACUCUUUAACGGAUGUGGGGUGUUGGUCUUCCCUGACGGCUCCAGGUAUGAAGGUGAAUUUGUUCAGGGAAAAUUUCAAGGUGUUGGCGUCUUCACACGUUUUGAUGGGAUGAAGUUUGAAGGCGAGUUUAAAAGCGGUUGUGUGGAUGGAUACGGUGUGCUGAUGUUUGCAGAUGGCGGUCCUGGUGGCGGCGGCGGCCACGAAGGCUUAUUUGAGACCAACCAGCUGAUGAGGAGGGAGAGCUGCCCGGGGGCGGUGCACAGGGCACAGGCAGCCGCCGCCAAGGCCCGAGCCCUGGCCAUGUGACCGGACUACAUCAGCCACAGUGCCCCAGAAGGAGGACCACCCUCUUCCCAUCGUCCUCCUCUUGGUUUGAGCAGCUUACGUUAUUUAUGCAGUAUUUAAGUGCAUUUUAAACUGAAUUUCCCUGAAUUUACUUUGACUGUGAAAUGCAACCUUUUAUAUGUAUUUAACUGGAUUUUAUUUUCCGAUGCCUAAAGUCCAUCAUAUGUCGUGGAGUAAUUGAUAAGAGUUUGUCGAAUCCUCAAAAGCCACUGACUCUGGAUCAGCUGAGCCAAAGACAGAAUUGCUGUUCAGUCCACACACUGGUGCUAAACCUGACAAAACUCUGAAUUCAAGAGUUAAUACAGACAGUUCCCAGUGGGCGUGAUUUGAUUGUUUCCAUGUCAAAGAACAUUUAGAUAUGUGGCUCCAAACUAGGUCAGGAAACUGUACUGCAUUUAGCAUCAUACUCCCUAAUCAUCAAAACCUGUGCCUACAUUACCCACAAUGCAAGUGGAAUGAUGAGAAGAUCUUUAGGUGUGAUAAGGGUUUGGUAGCAGUUUGUAAAUUCUUCAUGAAAGGGAAAUUCACUUAAAAUCCCUGAAUCCAAUGAGUUUUAUCACUUUCAGCUUCAAUCUUGAGCAACUAAUUAAAGUUUGAAAUAAU